AUGAGUCACCAUUCCUCCUGUCCGGAGUCUUGGCAUCACUGGGGAGACUCUUGCUACAGGAUCACGGACUCCAACGUUCUCUGGUCCAAUGCUGGAGACGAGUGUGGUAAGCUGGAUGGUGUUCUGGCCGCACCCAGUUCAAGUCAAGAAAACAAUGUUAUAUUGGACUUGAUUGAAAAUAAUGAAGAAGUAUGGAUCGACUGUAAUGAUCUAGAGGUGGAGGGAACAUGGGAAUGCAAAGAGGGUAACGUGGAGGUCUCCUACAGAAAUGGGGGUGACGGUGAACCCAAUAAUUACUUAGGGAAUGAACAUUGUGCCCUCAUUUCUAAGAUGUAUGGAAAUAGGCGCCAAUGGCUGGAUGGGACAUGUGACAUGAGGUACUCGGCUGUUUGCAAAGUGCCACGCAAACCAAUCCUUCACGUGUGA